AUGAUGCUAUCGAGGCAUCGCACGCUAAUGCAUGUUUUUGACAAAGCCCCUAAUGUGGACAAGGAGGCUUUUGUGGCUCCCAGCGCUUCUAUCACUGGCGAUGUCCAUGUGGGUCGAGGCUCUUCCAUUUGGUAUGGAUGUGUCUUGAGAGGAGAUGCUAACAGCAUCAAUGUGGGAGCUGGGACCAAUAUCCAGGACAACUCUCUUCUCCACGUUGCUAAGUCCAACUUGAGCGGGAAGGUCUUACCUACUGUCAUUGGAGACAAUGGUGAUGGACUUGAAUUUGGAACAGGUCAUAGUGCUGUUUUACAUGGCUGCACUGUCGAGGACGAGGCCUAUAUUGGUACAAGUGCAACCGUGUUGGAUGGAGCUCAUGUUGAAAAGCAAGCCAUGGUUGCUUCAGGAGCUCUUGUCAGGCAGAACACUCGAAUUCCCUCUGGCGAGGUUUGGGGAGGGAAUCCAGCUAGAUUUCUGAGGAAGGUGACGGAAGAAGAAAGGGCCUUCUUCUCCAGCUCGGCUGUGGAUUACUCCAAAUUAGCUCAAGCUCACGCCGCAGAAAACACAAAGAACUUGGACGAGACUGAUUUCAAGAAGCUUGUUUACAAGAAGAACGCUCGCGAUGCAGAAUAUGAUACACUACUCAGUGAUCUCUCUCUCUCUGAGAAUGUUCCAAAAGCAGCUUGA